CUGUGAGUGCACCCCGACUACACACCGCAGAAGGAGCAUUGUGGAUCCGUCGUGCGUGCCUAUUCCGGCCUGUGGCGACGUACCGGCGGGUCACAACAAAAGUGCCGAUGACGAGACAGAAGGACGAGUCGGAUUCUUGGGCAAUCCUUGCCAGCAGAACGGACAGUGUAUCCAGAACAAGGUGGAUCCAAGUUUGUUCACCUGCAUCUGUCCGCCAGGCUAUACGGGCCGAAAGUGUGAAAUUUCCCCACCAGAGCCGAUCUGGUCGACUUGGAUGGAGUGGUCCGACUGUCAUUGGCCCAGUCUUGGCGAAGCCUGCUACUCGACGCCCUACCAAGAACGUCGGCGAACGUGCAAGAUCAACGAGCCGGGACAAUCCUGUCCAGGUCCGAGUCGAAAGCUCCGCUUCUCGGCUUGCGAUGUGA